UGUUGCGCGCUGCAGGAAAUUUAGUCUUGUCUGACAUCAGGACGGUGCAGGAGUUUAAAAGCCAGAUCUGACGCUCGCCUGGUCUGGUGGAGUCACUUCCACGUUAUGCAAUAUUCGGUAAGCAAGUGGGAAACCAGAGACAGAGACACUAGAAGAUCUAUGACUGAAGGGCUUCAUGUUGCAUUACAGAAUGGAGAGCUGCGUUAUUUCACCUUUGUCAGAAGAGAUCAUUCCAUAUGAACACGAGGCUCGGCCCAUAUACGACUUCUACCCGUAUCUCAGCACUGAUCCAGAGACUCAUCCAGAGAGCGGAUGUGAAUACAGCAGUGUUUACGGGCAUCACAGCGAGUUCGAGCCUCCUCCUGGAAGCCACUUCACUGAGCUGCACACCAGCACGUAUCGCUAUGGGGACAUGGAGGCCUUUCAUCCCGGCGUAGACGCCGCCAUGGGGACCAUUCUACCUGUAGUUCCUCCACAGUAUACUUACAUCUCCCAUCCGCUGUACCAACGGUCCCCAGUCCCCCACUGCAGCACUGAUGAGGAGGAGCCUGGGGGACGCAGCCCACCGUUUGAGGUGUCAGAGGGCGAGGAGGACCAUGAUGGACAUCCCAGCACCUCCAGCACUCUGUCAGGAAACAAAAGGAAGGUGCGUCUUUACCAGUUCCUCCUGGACCUCCUUCAGGACGGAGACAUGAGGGACUGCAUCUGGUGGGUGGACAGAGAGCGAGGCGUCUUUCAGUUCUCCUCCAAACACAAGGAGACACUCGCCAGCCGCUGGGGCCAGCAAAAGGGCAACCGCAAGAGAAUGACCUACCAAAAGAUGGCAAGAGCCCUCCGCAACUACGGCAAGACCGGGGAGGUCAAAAAGGUCAAGAAGAAACUCACCUACCAGUUCAGCGGAGAUGUCCUGAGGAGGGUGACUAUGGAGAGACGGCAGUAUCAUCACUGACACUCCGGACACAGUGCAUCCUACCUAUAAUAGCAAUAUUCACAGAUAAUCUCAAACGUAAUCUCAGGGAUAUGACAUGCAUGUUAUUUGAGUGCUUUACCAUGGACAACAAGGUCAAACAUUGCAUAUUUGUAUGCUUUAACUGAUCAGGGUGACACUUGUACUUAAUUAACCCUCAUCCUACCCAUACAGUAAGUAAAUGUAGUUCAUUAUUAUUACUCAGUAGUUUACACUGUAACAAGGACGCCUUAAUAUACAGUGACCAUUUCGACUACUACUUAUACAUCACUAUUACUACAGCUAUUGAUUUUACAUGCAGUGGACUUUAAUAUUCAACGCAGUCAACUAUGAACAUGGUGUAUAUUAACAAUGUUUUUUCUCUUUUUUUAAUUUUAGAGAGAGAGAGGCACUUAACAUGUCACACUGAAUGACAUUAUAAUACUUUUAGUGAUUGUGUAUAGUAUGCUUCAUCAACUAGGACAUGAUUAAAUAGCCUCAUGUUGGGUUCUUAUUUGUUUGCAAAACCGUCUAAAGCAGGGGUGUCAAACUCAAUUCCUGGAGGGCCGAAGCCCUGCACAGUUUAGUUCCAACCCUGCUCCAACACACUUACCUGCAGGUUUCAAACAAACCUGAAGGACUCAAUUAGUUUGAUCAGGUGUGUUUAAUUAGGGUUGGAACUAAACUGUGCAGAGCUGCGGCUCUUUUGGAACUGAAUUUGACACCUGCGGUCUAAAGGCUAACUCAAUAGCUAUAUUGUGUAUUUUAAAGGCUUUAAUUUGACAUGUGCAGCAUGUUUAAGUAAAACAGCAAGUCACGUUUAAUUGCUCUGAUUAAUCAUAUAUCUGUAUCUGAUUAUGCACAACAUUGUCAAUUCUAUUCAGCCUGUGUCAUAUUGAUAAUUUCACAUUUGAAUUCUAUUAGGCUCUGUGUAUUAGUAAUAAUAAGUUCCUUCUAUGAACUGACAAAUCGAAAACUAAUAUUUCGUUUAUUCAUUUAUUUUCUUUUCGGCUUAGUCCCUUUAUUGAUCUGGGAUCGCCACAGUGGAAUGAACCACCAACUUAUCCAGCAUAUGUUUUGCGCAGCAGAUGCCCUUCCAGCUGCAACCCAUCACUGGGAAAUAAUAACAAUGUCUAACUGUAAUGUACUGUAGCUCAAUGCUGCCACCAAGAGGAGCACAACAACAUGAGCCUUGUUGACAACAAAACACAUGAAUUCACAGGCCUUGGGACUUCAUGGCUUUUAAGGGGAUUUAUUUUGAUGUUUGUCAUGUUAUGAUUUGUUUUUGAAGGAUUGUUUCUGUUUUAAACGAGGGGAAACACUGUAAAUGCUGGGCAGAGGAAAAUAAAAAGCAAAAGAGAAA